AAUCCACCAUCCCCGACCAUAUAUAAAAAAAGUCUGAUAAUUUUCGCUUUCCACCUUCUUCAUCGGCAAAAACCAGCAGCAAAAACAACAAAAACACCGCAACGCAGCUGUGGUUGUGGUCGUUUUUGUGUUUUCUUUUGAUAAAUAAAAUUAAAAUAAAAAGAAUCUUCUCGCAGUUGGAUCCUUCUCGCAUUUUCUCUGGCUACAUAGUAAAGUGCCAGCAUGGUUGCGCAGGGCUUCACUGUUGAUCUCAACAAGCCUCUUGUCUUCCAGGUUGGCCAUCUUGGAGAGGCUUAUGAGGAAUGGGUUCACCAGCCAAUUGUAAGCAGGGAAGGCCCUCGAUUUUUUGAGAGUGAUUUUUGGGAGUUCUUGACUCUCACAGUUUGGUGGGCAGUACCAGUUAUUUGGCUGCCAGUUGUAUGUUGGUUGGUCUCUCUAUCUGUACGAAUGGGGCAUACACCUUCCGAGAAUGCGACAAUGGUGGUCUCUGGCGUUUUCAUCUGGACAUUGGUGGAAUACACAAUGCAUCGAUUCCUUUUCCACAUCAAAACAAGUAGUUAUUGGGGGAACACCAUACACUACCUUCUUCAUGGAUGCCAUCAUAAGCACCCUAUGGAUGGUUUGCGUCUUGUCUUUCCUCCAGCUGCAACAGCUGUCCUAUGUGUGCCGUUCUGGAACUUAAUUAAGCUUUUUGCCACCCCCUCAACUGCUCCUGCUUUGUUUGGAGGUGGUUUAUUAGGUUAUGUGAUGUAUGAUUGCACUCAUUACUACUUGCAUCAUGGUCAGCCCUCUCUUGGAGUACCUAAAGAUCUCAAGAAAUAUCACAUGAAUCAUCACUUCAGGCUCCAAACAAUGGGCUUUGGAAUUACAUCGUCGUUAUGGGACAGGGUUUUCGGAACGCUUCCACCACCAAAAGUGGUUGCAAAGAGCAGAUAAAUUUUAAAUGGAGGUGCCACAGUACAACUAGUGAGGAUCAGGGUUGGUUUGAAGUUUUAAUGUCUUUUAUUCCUUUCUUCUUCUCCCAAUCAAUUGAUUUAUAGUAUUGUUAAAUCUAAAUGAUCUCUACCAGGUUGGGGUUUUAGCACAUCAGUGGAUAUUCUGAAUUUUGUGGUGUCCAUUUCUAUGAGAUAAUUCUGUGUAAAUUAGCUUAAAAUUUACUGUUUGCUUGUGAAGAGAAAACUCCAUGCCUCUGUC